AUGUUCACCAACUUUGUCCUUUUCACGCUACUAGCCUUACCUCCAACAACCACCAUACCCCUAACCCCACCGCAAAAUACCUCCGGCAUCAGCGGCAAAUGGACUCUCCUACACGACAACCUCGGCAUAUCCCCCAUGCACAUGCAACUCCUACACAACGACAAAAUUGUCAUGUUUGAUAGAACCGACUUCGGUCCUUCAAACAUAACUCUCCCAUUCAACCGAUGUCGAUACGAUCCGUUCGAUCCCAUGCUCCAAAAGGACUGCACAGCUCACUCAAUCCUAUACGAUAUACAGACCAACACGUUUCGACCUUUAUCUAUUCAAACCGAUACAUGGUGCUCGUCUGGUGCAGUUCUAGCAGACGGGACCCUGGUUCAGACCGGAGGGUACAAUGAUGGGGACCACACGGUUCGAACCAUGGUCCCAUGUGAUGACGAGGCAUGUGAUUGGAUCGAGUACCAUGGGUACCUCACUGAACGAAGGUGGUACUCGACCGAUCAAAUAUUACCCGAUGGACGGGUUAUCAUAAUAGGCGGGCGACAACAAAAUAAUUACGAGUUUUACCCUUCGACUUUGCCGGAUUACUUUAUUCCCCCCCUCAAUGUAUCUUCUUUUUGGUUGGAUUUCUUUAAAACUGAUGAGGUUAUAAGCGAAAAUAACUUGUACCCGUUUGUCCAUUUAUUACCUGAUGGAAACCUAUUCAUUUUUGCAAACAUACGGUCUGUGGUGUUUGACUAUAACCGAAACCGUGUAGUCAAACACCUUCCGCCAAUUCCCGGGGACGACCCGCGAAACUACCCAAGCUCCGGGUCGUCUAUUUUGCUUCCGUUAGAUGAAAACACGCAAAUCGAGCCCGAGGUCAUGGUAUGCGGUGGGGCCCCACGUGACGCGUUCUUGAACAUAAAACGGGCCCGCGAAUUCAUCCGAGCAGUUCCGACUUGCGGACGGAUAAAAGUCACGAAUGAGAAUCCUGCUUGGGAGAUCGAAACGAUGCCGAUUGCGAGAACCAUGGGUGAUAUGGUCAUUUUGCCUAACGGAGAAGUGAUUAUCAUAAAUGGAGCCGGGUCGGGGACAGCCGGAUGGGGCAACGCACGUGAUCCGGUGACCCGGCCCGUUAUUUACCACCCGAACGGGCCUCCGAAUAGGAGAUUUUCUGUGAUGCAAUCGGCAUCGAGACCAAGACUUUAUAACUCGGUUGCUAUUUUGGUGACGGACGGGCGGGUUUUAGUAGCGGGUAGCAACCCGAAUCCGUUUUAUAACUUUACAAAUGUUGAGUUUCCUUCUGAGUUAAGUUUGGAAGCGUUUUUACCACCUUAUUUAGCAAAAGAAUACGAUCCACUGAGGCCAGAAAUUGUGAGCAUUGAUGUUGAGGUUAUGGAGUAUAGGAAGCCAUUGAUAUUGAUGUUUACAGUAUUGAAGUUUUUGAAGCUAUCGAGAGUUACAGUGAGGAUUAUAGCACCAUCAUUCACGACACAUUCAUUGGGAAUGAAUCAGAGAAUGGUGGUGUUGAAGGAUGAUAAGAAUGUGUCGAUGGUAGGAGAGUCGUUUAUGAAGACUUAUAGUAUUGGGGUGUUUGGGCCAUCAACGGCUGAGAUUGCACCACCAGGGUAUUAUCUCUUGUAUUUGGUUCAUGCAGGCAUACCUAGUCUUGGCGUGUGGGUAAAGGUUCAGUAG